AUGGGGAAGAUCUCUAAUAUGAAGCUGAAAGAUGACGUGUUUAGUCGCCAUACGGAGAAUCAGUUUCUGUCCCUUCUGGCGACAGCGUCCAAUUUCUCUGAAGUCGAUGGGGCAGCAUCGUGGCGGAAGAAGUCACUCCAGGCGAUCACCGACGUCAUCCAAGCAAAGAUCCAUAAAAUGCAACAUCCAGAAGAUUGCAAAAAUGCAAAAAUCCUCCUCUGCAACCUGGACAAACAGUGUGGCUUUGGCUGCCAACUGCAUCACGUGGCUUACUGCUUCGUGACGGCAUUCGGUUCACAGCGCACCAUGGUCUUCAACGGCGAUGGCAGUACUCCACAAAAGGCUGGACAGGAGCGUUCCUCUCCUAUCAGCAAUUGCAAGCAGGAAGACCUGGACGGCCCUGUCGCCUCCUACAGCCUGCAAUCGACUGAACGCGUUGUUCAACUCGGAAUCGUUGAUGCACUCGCAAACAAGCCUGCCUUCCUCCCUUUGUCAAUACCGAAAUCUCUUGCUGAACCGCUCCUGAAGCUGCACUCGAAUCCGCCUGCAUUUUUCAUUAGUCAGUUCCUCUGGUAUUUGAUGAGAAGUGGAAAGGAAUUGAAGAAGGCUCUGAACCUUUCAAUAUCUAUGAUUCCCUUCGAGAAAGGACCGAUCGUUGGCUUGCAAAUCCGCCGCACUGACAAAAUCCAAGACCGCAAACAGGGACGAAAUGUAACUCGACGAGUAUUCGUCGCAACCGACGAUCCAUCCGUGCUUCCUGAAAUCAAGACGAAAUUCCCUUCGUAUGAGGUAUAUGGUGAUGAGAAAACAGCAGAUACCGCUCAGCUGCAAAAUCGCUACACAGACAGUUCGCUGUACGGUGUUGUUAGGGAUAUUCGACUUCUCAGUCACUGUGAUUAUCUCGUCUGCACAUUUUCUAGUCAGGUAUGCCGAAUGGGAUUCGAACUGAUGCAGGUCCUACAGGGAGACGCUGGUGAACGAUUCCAUUCCUUAGAUGAUAUCUAUUAUUUCGGAGGGCAACACGCCCAUGAGCUCGUAGCCGUCGAGGAUCACAUACCCGAACGAUCUGACGAAAUCGAGUUACGAGUUGGUGACGUCAUAGGAGUAGCUGGUAAUCACUGGGACGGGUUCUCUAAGGGCGUCAAUAGACGCACCGAUGCCGGCGGUCUCUAUCCUUCCUAUAAGGCAAUAGAAAAAUGGCGAAUUGUCGACUUUCCGACUCUAAACUAG